CUUCCUGCAGACGAUGGCGGCGGCACCCCCGUUCAGGAUGAGCACCCGGCGUCAGACGGAGAGGAGGACGCCAGGAGCGACGCGGGACGUCAGUCGGAGGACGAGGGCAGCAACGGGCGAUUCGCCCGGCGGGGCCGACAGCGACUUCGGAGAGCAGGCCCCCGGCGCCGCCGCCGCCGCUCCGCGAGCGACAAAAGCGAUUCGGAGGCGGAGGCCCCCCGGCGCGCCGACAGCGACGCCGAGUCCGACUCCUCUCCAGUCAAACGCAGGGUGAGCGCCUCCGAAGACGACGGGGGGUCGCCGCCCGCCAAACGCCGAGAGUCGGACGACGAGGACCAGGCGGCGGCGGCGGCGGCGGAGUCGCCCGCCGCCAAACGCAGGGGGAGCGGCUCGGACAUGGAGGAGGAGGAGGAGGAGAAACCUAGAGCGGCCGUAGACAGCGACUCGGAGAACGAGGACGCCAAGCCGGCGCCGGCGUCCCCCGGCCGCCGGUCCGACCGCGCCGACAGUGACUCUGAGACGGAGACGCCCGGCAGACGCAAGGCGGCGCCGAUAGACUCAGACGGCGAGGAGGAGGCGGAGAAACGGCCGGAGGAGGCAGAGGGGGGAGGAGGAGGAGGAGGAGGAGGGGGGAAGUGGAAGGCUGUGAUGCAGUCGGACAGCGAGGACGAGGAAGAGGAGGCCGGGAGGAGGAAGAAGGCUGCGGCGGGAAGCGAUGCAGAGCAACCGGAAGAGGCGGGGAAGCAGAAGGUCGACAGCGAGGACGAAGACGAGAAGCCAGGUAGGGACCUCGGCGUAGGACCCAGAUGUGGGCGUAGAGUAACCCAGCUGUCCUCUCGUUUGUCCCCCGGAGCAGCCAAGAGGAGCCGGGCGGUGUCGGACGACGGGAACUCGGACAGCGACGACACGGCGGGCUCGCUCGCCCCCGACAAGAGCAUGGCGGCCAAGCUGAGAGAGCUGGGCUCGGACAGCGGCAGCGAGGACGACGAGCGCGCCAAGGCCGCCGGCGGCGGCCAGAAGGACGAGAAGGCGCUGUUCGGCAGCGACAGCGAAUCGGGCGAAGGCGAGGAGGAGGAGAAAAUGAUCGCCGACAUCUUUGGGGAGUCCGGAGACGAAGAGGAAGAGGAGUUCACGGGUUUCAACCAGGAGGAUCUAGAGGGGGACAAGAAGGAGGCGAAGGAGGAGCAGGAGCAGCAGGAGCAGUCGGACUCGGACGAAGGGGUCGACCGCAGCGGCCAAGAUACCAGCUUCAUGUCCGACUUUGACAUCAUGCUCGCUAAGAGGAAAGCCAUGAACAGCAGGAAACGGCGGCACCGCGACGGAGGGACGUUCAUCAGCGACGCCGACGACGUGGUCAGCGCCAUGAUCAGCAAGAUGAACGAAGCCGCGGAGGAGGAUCGAACUCUCAACAGUCAGAAGAAACCAGCGCUGAAAAAGCUCACGCUGCUGCCACAGGUCGUCAUGCACCUGAAGAAGUAAGAAGUGUGUGUUUUGUGGGGAAAAAAAGGGGGGGGGUCCAUUAAAGAGUGGAUCAGUCCUCUUCCAGACAAAUCGCUGCCGGCGCUCAGAAUCCGAGAGGAGCUGCUCAGGAUCCUGCAGGAACUGCCCAGUGUGAGCCAGGAGACUCUGAAGCACAGUGGCAUCGGACGCUCCGUCAUGUUCCUCUACAAACAUCCCAAAGAGUCUCGAUCCAACAAAGACCUCGCUCUCAAACUUAUCAAUGAGUGGUCGCGGCCGAUAUUCGGCUUGACGUCCAACUACAAGGGGAUGACGAGAGAGGAGCGCCAGCAGAGAGAUCUGGACCAGCAGAUGCCUCAGAAACAACGACUCAGUUCGGGUGGUCAGACGCCCCGGAGAGACCUGGAGAAACAGCUGACCGGGGAGGAAAAAGCUCUGCGACCCGGAGACCCCGGGUUCUGCGCCAGGGCCCGGGUGCCGAUGCCCUCCAACAAAGACUACGUCGUGCGACCCAAAUGGAACGUAGAGAUGGAGUCCAACAGGAGCGGCUAUAAGAAAGGCAUCAGCAUGGUGGAGAAGCACAAGCGGCGCUUUGCCGAGCAGAGGAAACUGAGCCGCCUGCAGGGAGCUGUCAAGAUCAGCAUAGAGGGAAACCGGAUGCCCCUGCACGGCCAGGUGAAGAAGGGAAUGUCCCGCGUUGAUAAACAGAUGCGUCGAAUCGCCGACAUCCGGCGCCUGACGAAGCCGGGACACGCUGUUAAAAUCAGCGUCGAGGGCAACCGGAUGCCCCUCUGAUUUUAACCUCCAUAGGAUUUAUUCACUUUAUUUUUUUUUUCCCUUAUUUUUAAUGUGUUGUUUUCCUGAACAAACCCCCUCCCCUCCCCCAUCUUCAGGUCCAGCUCUGCCUUACUGAAGCCUGAGGUCAGAAUGUGAACAUCUGCUGUAAACUCAUCUGGUCUUUGGGCUAAACAACUCAAAAUAUUACUCCAAAAUGAUCUGCAGAAUAAAAGAGAACUGGCUGCAAACAUCAGUAGUAGUUGGGUUAAUUUGAUCUCAGAAUAUUAGCUCAUGCUGCAUUCAGGUACUCCCAUGAUGGUCCCAUUAUCCCGAGUUAGGAAGUCCUCCUUCCAACUUGUUGGUGUUGAAGAUUAAGUCGUAACGUGGAGAAAAAACAUGAACGCUACAAAGAUGAUGUGUUGUGUUUUAUUGCUCAGAGUUUAAGUUUAACUCUCCUGUUGUCCUCGGGUCACAUUUGACCCAUUUUCAAAAAGUUUGUGUAUCAGAAAUCUGGGUUUCUUUCAACCAAAUUGUCAAAAUAAAUAACGUGGAUGGUUCCAUACAACGGUCAUCACAACUACAACAAAUAAUCAAUUCACUACUUUCAUUAAAUAUGAGGUUUUCAUUCAAUUUUAUAGCAUUUGAAGUAGAAUUGAUAAAGAACCUCGGAAAAAAGUGACAAAUGUCAAAAAGCGCGGACAAAAAUCGACCAGGACAUUGGAAAAAGUGACGACAACGUUGAAACAAGUGAUUAAAAACACCAGGAAAAGCGACAAGUGUCUUACAUUUUAAUUUUAAAUUUUGACCCAGAAAAACAAAAAGUUACAAGACAACACAAGGGUUAAACAAUAGCUAGUUUCCAAUUUGAAGCUUUAUAGUUAUUUUCUCCCUAAAGCCACUCGCAUAUCACUUCACUUGACGUAUUAAGUUAAUGCUAAUAAAUAACUUCUCUAACUAAUCUAGCUCACUCUACGUAGACGGCUAACUGUUACAACCGGUUACCAUUUUACAAAUUACACGAGCAAAAAAAUGUAUGUGCAAUUUGUAAACUUAAGUAUCUUUCCAUUAACUAUGGCACCAACUCAGCUAGCAAAAAAGACGCCAACUUUUGGAGUUGUUCCGAUAUGAGGGGACAAUUGCAGGCUUUGUCCCAGUCGGGAACUCAUUCUUCUAAUAAAUUUGACACCACGUGAAUGUAGCGUUUAUGUUAGCAAUGAGCUCCAUUUUGCAUCAUCGCCAAACCAACUGGAUCCACAAAGUUAGCUCAUGUUAGCGUUACAUUAGCUUUACCUCAAGUAAAGUAACGUUAGCGAUCGGUUUCAUCUCCAAGCCCAUAAUUGUAGUGGUCACUGGAUCCACAAUGUUCACUAAUGUCAGCACAAUGUUAGCUUUACCUCCUAAGUUAAGUAACCAUAGAAGCUAAUGUUAGCAGUGAGUGGACUUGGAGGUACAACCAACUCUAAGGCUAAUGUUAGCUUUACAUCUAAGCCAACUAAGCUAGCUAAUGUUAGCAGUCAGCUACAUUAGCUGUAUCUCAAAACAAGCCAAAUCUUUCGCAUUACCUUAUACUAUCAGUUAGCUAUGUUAGUCAUCCAAAACUGUCAAGAUCCAUAACAUUUAGCUUACGUUAGCAGUCAUUAGCGCUAGCUCUAAAGCAAGCCUGGUCCAUAAUGUCGGCUAAUGUUAGCUCUAAACUAAUUUUAGCAGUCAGUUACACGUUCAGCAUUAUGGACUUAAAGAUGAAGCUAAGUUCAUAACUUUUGUGGUUAGUAAUUGUCUCUAAACCAAUUAUGUAGCUUAAGUUUGCUACAUUAGCUUUAGCUCCAAACAAACUGGAUCCCUAAUGAUGACUUGCAGAAAGCUAACACGGUUCAUAAUAUUAGUAGUUAUCUUAACAUCCAGGACAACGAAGAUAGCUAAUGGCAGCAGUCCGCUGUGUUAGCUAGAUCUCAAAACAAGUAAAAUGUACAACUUGAGCUUAAAUUAUCAGUUGGCUACAUUUUGUAAGUUUCACAUUAUGUUAGCGUUAGCACUUUUUUUGCCUAACCUACGGGCAGAGAAUGUCUAAUAAGGGGAGAGCUUCCACUCUCGGGAAAAUUCCGGGUUAGGGUACAAUGGGGCUUAAUAGGGAGUGAGAUAGGGAGUGAACAGGCUCUCCAUAGACAGGCUCUGCUACGGGUUUCUAAGUUAGCAAUCAGCUACAUUAGCUUUAUCUCUUAAAGUGUAAGCGUGUGUUGCAUCAGAGAGAAAUCUAACGUGGCUGAUCAAAGAAUCAUUUUGGUGACAUUUUGAGUUUUUUUGUCCAAAGUACCAUCAUGUAUUUUUAUUUUUUUUCUUGAUUAGAGAAUAAAAUCGUCCCUCAGGCUCUUUUUUUGUUCUCCUGAAUAUGAAGGUGUUUGUGUUCUGCUAAUCCACUGGCCUCCUCAGUCCCAUUUUUGUCCCGUCUCUGUUCCCGUAGCGGCUGUACAGAAGUGUGUAAACUGUCGGCAGGACGGCGUUCACACAGGUAACGCGCGGCGACCCCGACCAGAUGUCGGGGUCGGGGGUGUUGACUGUGUGAACCGGCCUUCUUUCUGCACUGUGUUCUGGAUCAGGUUUACUUUUCUUAAUAAAGACUCGACAGAAACUCA